AUGGAGAAGUUGUACAUCUCGCAGACACUGAAGAAGAAAGCGGACGGCAACAGUCUCUCCGAUGUGGAGAUCGACCACUACAUUAAAGAGCUUGUGGAGGGUCGCGUGGGUACAGCCCAGAUAGGUGAGUUGUUUGUACGCGAAUUCAUGACUCCGGUUAAUUACAAUCUCAGUUAA